GAUUUUGAUCAGUACAUGGGUAGAUGAGCAUCCAUUACUCACCCUCAACUAACUCAAAGAGUGAUUGAUGAAGAUUUAAGAGGACAGCUACAUGGAGUUUGACUGCAAGAUGGAAGUUAAAGAGGCGACGAACGGUAGGUAAAUGAGAGAAGAGGAUUACUGUAAUUCUUGAGAACUGAGGGGAUAUGUCUAGGUAUAACUUUACAAUUCCUCUCAUUUAUUCAUCGUUCUCUGACUUCGCUGCCUCAUUGAAUUGCGGACGCUGUUUACCUUCAACCAAUAAUGCUACAGAGCAACAAAACCCCCGAGCUUCUUGGCCCUUGGAUAUCUUAAUAUCUUCCCUGCCCUGGUCUCUGCAUGGUUGCUGUCAUCAUCUUCUUCUUCUUCUUCUCCUCCUCCUCCUCCUUCACCAAGCAAUCUAUCAUACCACCCUCGUUCGUUAGAUGUAUGCGUUUACCCCAGCACCACACCACACCACCACUACCCUACCUAGAUUUAUGAUCCAGGACAAACUAACUUAUGGACGACGACCCCAUCCGCUAUCCCGCCGGCUCCCCGGGCGCCUAGGCUCCCGACCAACCAGUCCUCCCCUCCCUCCUGCUGCACUUUAAUCAAGGACGAGCGGAGUCCGCGUCUGAGUCCGACUGAGUUCCGAGUCUAGAGUUGGGUCGUUAGGGUCGAGAACAACACUGCACUGCACUGCACCUAAGGUAGCUCGCUCCGUAAGGGUCCUUAAUUACCUAGGUAGUUAUGUAGUUACUGUAGUUAAAUAAUAACUACCGAACUAACUUAAGGAAACCCCCGUUCAAGCGUAUUCGUUCACUCAAAUCCAAACCGUAGCCGAGACUUCAGGGAGGAGAGGGGAGAGAUCCAUUGGAAUAUUUUGCUCAUCGUGGUACGGUACGGUAAGUAUACUCCGUACAUACAUGGGCAAAUUUGUUUUAUUUUCGAUCCAAUAUUAAUAAUCAAUUCCCCAACCGCCCUUUGGAUACAUCAUACCCGGGGAGAGAGUUGAGCGGACCCGCUGGUUAAACUAGAGGUUAUACGGGGGCUUCCUGCUAGCCAUGAUAUUUAUCCUAAGGAGGAGUCUUUCCCCCCAUUAGGUCAAUUUUUUCAAUUUCUUUUCAAUUUUUUUUUCUUGGACUUUGACUAGUUGAUGAAUAUUUAGAUACCACCCUCCCUUUUCCUGUACAUAUAUAUCUUUCCUAUAUCGCCGUCCGUUGUAUAAAUAUAUAUACGCCUAAUCUACAGUACGAAGUUCCACAGAUGAGAUAAUACCUCCCUCCGGAUUCGGAUUAUCAAGUUACCUCACCAUUCUAUGAGGUAGGGAGAGGGGAGAGAUAGCAUAUACAUACAUUAAGAAAAUCCCUCCCAGCAUAUAGAUGGCUUGUCUGCAACGGCCAAAUUCCCCAGAUGCCAUCCCAUGGCAAUGGCCAUGGCCAUGGCGGGAAAAUAAGAACCCGCCCAAAUGGCUGCACAUCCGCUCGUCCAAGUGGUUUAUUCUCUGGGUGUGCUCAUUCUCGGUGUUUGCGGAUAUAUUCCUAUAUGCAUUGAUCGUGCCGGUGAUACCGUUCGCGCUUAGUUAUCGGGUUGGACUUGAUCCCAGUGAUGCGCAAAAAUGGACGUCAAUUCUCCUUACCAUAUAUGCGGGAGGUUUGCUCGUUGGAUCGCCCCUUUGUGGGUGGUGGGCGGACAAGACCAAAGCCCGCCAGGUUCCUUUCAUCGUUGGCCUUUUGCUCCUGGCGGGUGCAACCGUGAUGUUCGCACUCGCAAGGAAUUUGGCCUUGUUAGUAGUCGCCCGAAUCCUACAGGGCCUGUCAGGUGCAGUUGUGUGGACCAUCGCACUGGCAAUGAUGGCGGAUAGAGUUGGAUCACAGGAAAUCGGAGCGCACUUAGGAACGAUUGUCGCCGCCCGAAGCAUUGCAACGAUCAGCGCGCCAUUGAUAGGCGGCAUUGUAUAUGCGAAAGUGGGGUAUUAUAUGGUAUAUGUUACCGCCUUCAUUUUCCUAGGGGCAGAUAUUGUUUUUCGGCUCGUCAUGAUUGAAGCUCGAGUUGCGCAAAAGUGGGAUCCGUCAAUAGGUCUGCAGUUAGCUCGGGAGCAUUUUUCUACCCAAAAACUGGAAGGGCCUGAAAAGGUGUCCCAAAAAGAAGACGAGGCAAGAGCUUUCACUGUUGCUCAGCCUCGGGGGAGUAGGAUUUCUCGUUUGGUCCAUUACCUACCACCAUUCAUUACAGUGCUAAGCUCGAUUCGCCUUGUCAUGGCUCUCUGGGGCUGCACAGUUUUAGCCAUAUUAUUUGGAGCCUUCGAGGCUACUAUCCCCCUGUUCGUUCAUUCCACAUUUCACUGGGACUCUGCUGGUGCCGGGCUCGUUUUUCUGGCAGUCCUUAUUCCUACCUUUAUAUCUCCUGCCAUAGGCUGGCUGGCCGACAAGCAUGGAACACGCUGGUACGUCGCUAUAGGAUACCUCCUCACUACGAUCCCAGUAAUUCUACUCCGCAUCGUGACACAGAAUACCCUGUAUAAUAAGAUCGUUUUCUGCGUUCUCCUCGCUUUCUCUGGCGGCUUGGCAAUGUUGUUUGAAGUCCCAGUACAGAUCGAAAUCGUCCUAUCCGUCGAGGAGAAGAUGCGAGAGAACGCCGCACAUUAUGGAGAACAGGGGGCAUAUGCACAGGCGUUUGGGUUAGGGAAUUUGACGUACGCUCUUGGGCUGAUUAUUGGCCCACUUUGGAGCGGAUAUGCUGUUGAGGGCGCAGGAUGGGGUGUGGUGACGCUCACGCUUGGAAUUAUGUGUUGCGUCAGCGCGGUGCCGGCCGCUAUUUGGACGGAGGGAAAUAUAUUCAAAAGAAAAAAGAAACCCAAUAGUGGAAGGGAAGGAGAGGGAGAGCGGCAGGAGGUAUCUGCAUCUGUGGGAACCGCAUCGGCGUCAGAUUCCCAUGAUACUGCUCAAAAUAGACCAGAGCCUGACUCAAUUAUCGUUCCCCCAUCUGCCGUUUAGGCUCUUUGCUUGUUGGCUUAUAGAAGCUAUUCGGUUCAUCCAAAUUGGUCACUAGUUGGUGGAUGCCUCGAACCACGAUUUUUGGGAUAAGAUCUCGGACGAGGGAAUUCCUUUAACGCAGAAGAAUGCGUCUGACCGAUAACCAAUUUGGCCACUAUCAAUGAAACAUACCCCCAUGCGGGCUUCAAAUCACGAAACGUGCUGAAUGCAGGUACUCUGUUAUAUAGUUAUAUAGUAGGAAGAACGAUGUAUAUACCCUUUUGUACAUAUAUUUAUGACAAAAACGAACCUCAAGAUGAAUGUGAGAGUGACGAGGAGCCUUAAAUUUCGUGAUGAAAACUCCACAUCUCGAAAAAAGGACCAACUCAAAGGGCCAACACCAACACCAACCAACGCCGGCCUCCUAAAAUUCUUA